GAUUUUUGCUGAAGACAAUUUCGUGGUUGCACCAAAUGGUAAUAGCGUGGUUCUGAAGAUGAUUUGGGAUUGCUCUGAUUUGUGAACAAAAUUGGUUUCAGAACUGUCAAAUUUGUUUGGAAAGUUUGGGGUUGAUCUCAAACAACGCAUUUCAAUCAUUUUGUGGCAUAUCAAUUUUUUUCAGGGAAUCGUUAUUCCCAUAAAAAAAAAAAAGAAUUUCUCUCUUCCAAACGCUCCUUAAUAGCCUAAAGAUCAUCAUUUGAUUUGAUAGUAGCAAGGGGCACGGCGUUUUGUGCUGUUUGUUUCUCUCUGUGGCUCUGAGUUCCGAUCACAAUCGUUUCGUUCGCAACACAAAUAUCAUGUCUAGCUCUGUAGUGGCGCAUUCCAGCUCUUGGGCUUUGGCACUCGUCAAGAUCUCCCCUUAUACCUUCUCCGCCAUCGGCAUCGCCGUCGCUAUCGGCGUCUCCGUCCUCGGUGCUGCCUGGGGGAUUUACAUAACCGGUAGUAGCUUGAUCGGUGCUGCAAUCAAAGCUCCCCGAAUUACUUCCAAGAAUCUCAUUAGUGUAAUCUUCUGUGAAGCUGUUGCUAUAUAUGGUGUAAUUGUGGCUAUUAUUCUACAAACAAAAUUAGAAAGUGUUCCACCAUCAAGUAUCUAUGCACCAGAGUCUCUUAGAGCUGGAUAUGCUAUCUUUGCUUCUGGAAUUAUCGUGGGCUUCGCAAAUCUUGUUUGUGGGUGUGUAUUUUUUUUACCUGCCUCCCCGUUGCAGGAAAUUCUCCUGUCGAAUGGAGGGAGACCUUUUCCUGCUAUUACAUAUCCAAUUUUUUUUUUUUUUUUUUCUUGCAGGUUGUGUGUAGGAAUAAUUGGAAGCAGCUGUGCAUUGUCUGAUGCUCAGAACUCCUCUCUCUUUGUGAAAAUUCUUGUGAUUGAGAUCUUUGGUAGUGCACUUGGGCUAUUUGGAGUUAUUGUUGGUAUUAUUAUGUCAGCUCAAGCAACAUGGCCCUCAAAAGUUUAGUUUGCCUUAUAUCAGUGUGGGAAUGCAAUUAUGGUACAGCGCUAUAUGUUUUCUGUUUCCCGUUUGUAGGAAUGUAAAAUCCAGUUUGAUAGCUUGCCUACAUUACCACUUUAGGCUACAUCAUUUAUCAAUGAGUUGUUAGCAGUUCUUGCGUAUCAUCAGAUUUAUCAGUCUGUUGGUUGAAAUUCAAUGUUUUUGGAGGACUAAAUCUUCAGUGUUUAUUCAUUUAUCAAUAAAAAAUGUGAAUUUAGUUGGGCUUGUGAAUAAAGUCAACAAGUAGUUUUUGUUGAA